GGUUGGCUUUGAGGUUGGUGAGGAGCUUGGUUUCUAUAGGGGGUGUGUUGACAUUUGGACUUCUGCAAUCCAGCUUGACCCGACCUGUUUCUCUCCAAGGGGCAAAACAAUUAUUGGCCAGAUGGAGGAGUUGAUCCAGAAAUACCCUCUCAUGGAUCCGGAAAAUGUACGAGUGCAAGAGAUCAUGGAUAGUCUUAGGCUUAAGUUCAAGAUGGUUUGUUCUUCAUUGCAUGUUAAACUUGAGUAUAAUGGCUAUCCAAAAUCUUCUACAGAGGCCAAUGAUAUUCAGUUUUGAGCCACUUAAGAUAGUUUCAGUCUUCUAGAGAUAUCCAAGUGUAGAGAAACACUAAGUUGGUUAUAAUUGACUCAGCUUGAUUAGGAAGGAGGGUCAUCUACAUUUCAAGGUGUGAAAACAAAGAAGAUGCAACAUAGAAAAUUGGCUUCUGGAAGGCCCUCUGGAACUGAUGGCUCUGAUUACUCCUACCGUAUGGUAGUUGAUUCAAGGUAUCAAUUGGUUGCAAAGGGGAAGAAACGCCUCUCUCGACACUUUAUCAUUGAGGCUGUGUUGCUGUUAAUAGGAGCCGUAUUUGCAUAUUUACCAGGAACAGAUGCGGAUUCUCCAAAUACAGUUGCCUAUACAUCUGUUAUUGUUAGUGUUGUUUCACUAAUCAUUGCAAAUAUAGGUCGAACCCGAAGCCGGUCCGGUUUAUUGAGAUUUUAUGCUGUUGUAUCAUCUAUUGCAAUGCUUCUCUUGAUUGCUUCUCUUGCUAAGCAUCAUUUGCUGUUGAAGGCUAUCCAGGAUUCUAAAUUAUGGAGAACAGGAAAGUUUGAUGUUAAUGAUUUAUCGGCCCUUCAAACUGGAUUGCUGUUAUAUACUGUCGCCUUAUCUGUGCUCAAGCUUUGUACCAUUAAAGCAAUUGUUUCCCUUCUUUUAAACAUGGCACCUCCCAAGAAAACCUCUUAGCCUUUCAUCGGUUUUGGGGUCCAAAUCCAAAUUUCUUUCCUCAUUUAUCUACGUACAAUAGAUUGAUCUAUAUGCGUGACUAUUUUCUGAGAUGUUUUGAGGGCAGCUAAGAUAUUUUUAAGACAUUUGUUCAAUAUAGGACUUUUAUGUUAUUGGUUUUUUGUGUUUGUUGA